UUCUCUCUUCUCAUUCUUAUUCUUCUUCUUCUUCUUCCCGCAACCAUGUCUCAUCCAAGUCUUCCUCAACAUACUUGCGAAUGCCUAGGCCAUGAGUUGGUGUCCCGAGGGCCUGUCACGGUCCACUAUCAGCCGCCCUGACCCCCGGCAAGAAGCUUCGUCGUCGCAGAAGUGCCGUGCGGUGCAAUGCGGCUGUUGUCACCGCCAUCAUCUCGCUUCGACUCGACCUCAUGGCGAUAUCCGCACACCACAACGCUAUACAGGCGCUGCUGCGUGCAUCCGGUUGUUUGGCCAGACUCAGGGCCGUUUUUGAAGUGCAGACCCCACCUCGUCUACUUAUUUUAGAUAGCGUAGGCCAUCGUGAUGCCCUCUCUCCCUCGGUCUUGCCUUCUUUCAAUUUGUCCGUCCGUCCGUCCGUCUGUCUACCUCUCUGCUUCCCUGCUUCCCUAGGUACUCACCUUCCUCUCUCGCAGUCCCCUGUGAUGUUUCCCGGUACCUCUUCUCUCCAUUCCCCGCGCCACACCAGUCUCGACUGCAUCGUGACCUUGCUUCGUCUCGCCCGUUCUGGCAGUCUCGCAAGCACAUCUUCACCUCAGCCCAGGCCACACCGGAUCAACCGGGAGGGUUUGUUCAAGUCGCGACGGGGGGCUAUGGCAAUCAAUCAAUCAAGCAAGCAUUCUUGUCCCAAGGAAGGGGAUACCCCCGUCUUGUCGUAUGCCCACCUACACUCGGCAGUCAAUCGACCCUCCCCUGCCCGGCCUUCUUGGCCCCCGUCUCAAUGUCGACCGGUACAACAGUCACCUGCACCACUCGCUAAGUAAGCCGGCCCUUGACCCCAGCUCCCGCUCGCAAGCGACAUAGACGGCCAGGCCGACAGUUAGAAGAGAAUGUGACAGCCGCCGCGGAC